UCCCUAUUCUGAUAAUAAACUUGUGUUUUAGAAUAGAAAACAAUUAUUUGCACACUGCAAAAUGUCUGAGCGAAAAGUUUUAAACAAAUAUUACCCGCCGGACUUCGAUCCUUCGAAGAUUCCGCGCAUGAAACUGGCAAAAAACCGCCAGUAUACAGUGAGAUUGAUGGCUCCGUUCAAUAUGCGCUGCAAAACCUGCGGUGAAUAUAUCUAUAAGGGCAAGAAGUUCAACGCUCGCAAGGAGGACGUGGACAACGAAACCUACCUGGGUAUUAGGAUCUACCGGUUCUAUAUAAAGUGCACACGUUGCCUGCAGGAGAUCUCCUUCAAGACGGAUCCUCAGAACACGGACUACGAGAUUGAAGCGGGGGCCACUCGAAAUUUCAUGGCCCUCAAGUUGGCCGAGGAGCAGGCCCGCCGUGAGGAACAGGAGUUGCGCGAGGAGGAGGCCAACAAUCCGAUGAAGCUGCUCGAGAACCGCACUCAGCAGUCGCGCAACGAGAUCGAAAUGAUCGAAAGCCUAGAAGAGUUGCGCGACCUCAACCGACGCCAACAGACAGUGGACUACAAUACUUUGCUUCAGCAGUACAACACGGUGGAAACGGAGAGGGAGCGCUUGGAGCGUGAGGAGCGCGAGGACGAGGACUUUAUAAAAUCUGUAAACUUUAAGAAUAAAUCCGAAGGAGGCUCCCGUGUUGUUGCCGAGGAGAUCAUUGAAGAAGUCAAGGAGGAACCAGUGGAUCUUCUGGCAGUUCCACCACCGAGCAAACUGUCCAAGUCUAGCACGUUGAGUGUUUUGUCUACCUCAUCCAGCAAGGUAUCUGCUUCGCAGUCCCUGGUCAAAAGAAAGAUACCAUUGGUACUGCUCAAACCGAAGGCAGCAGCAGUAGCGUCUUCAAUCGUAUCCAAACCAGCCGUUACCUCGACCUCAGCACCAUCUGUAUCAACGGAAACGAUAGCUGCAAAACCGCCAGCUGCCGCACCUGCUGGUCUUUCUCUCUUAGCUGCGUACAGUGACAGCUCAGAGGAUUCUAACUGAUCAAGCAUUUUUCUGAAGCAUAUUAUAAAUAUACAUAAUCUAAAAGUUAAAUCAAAUACUGUACUUUUGAUGGUGUAGGUACGAAGCCUGUAAUAGAAUAAUUUAUACAAUACCAUUGACUGCUUUAGCAGUUUCUCCGAUAAAGAAUUAAAAGUUGUAUUAAUGUAUUGGAAUAAUGCAUCAUUUUAUUAAAUAUUUUGUUUCAUA